AUGGGAAUAGCUUACUACGGGAGAUCAUUUACCCUGGCGGAUCCGUCCUGUAACACUCCUAAUGGCAUUUGCAGGUUUACCGGCGGUGGUAUUGCCGGCGAGUGCUCUAAUGCCUCUGAAAUUCUUGACGACCAGGAAAUUCAGUCCAUCAUCACAGCAAACAAACUUACCCCAAUACACGACAAGGUAGCAGGUGUCAAAUGGAUCACUUGGGACAACGAUCAAUGGGUAUCCUACGACGACGCUGAUACAUUUACAGAGAAGCGUGCCUUUGCCAACUCGCGUUGCCUCGGGGGACUUAUGGUAUGGGCGCUCGACCUGACUGAUCAGACGAAGUCAAACGGUUUCUCAGCAGCAGGCACGGUCACUUCAUCUCAACAGGCCAUUGCCAAUCAAGGGUCCGCUGAUGCAGCUGCCCAAACUGCUUGUUACACUAGCGCAUGUGCCGCAGGCUGCCGAACCGGGUAUAACGAAGUGUCCCUGAUGAACGGACAGCCAGGGCAGCUGUCGACAAUUGCGAGGUGCAACUUCGGAGAGUACGAGUCUUUGUGCUGUGCGGACAGCACGAAAAUGGGUACUUGUACCUGGAGAGGCUUUCGUGGCGUGGGUCUCUCCUGCAUCGGCACCGGUUCUCAAGCCGUGUGUCACGUUGCUGGAAAUGCAAUGCCAGGAUUGGCAACCCCCGAUGAUUUCGUAGCUGCGACAUCUCACACAGCCGAACUUCACACCCUAAAUUCGGCAACUUUAGCUGAUCAAGUUGGGAUAUCGCAAGGACCACAAAAUGUUACAAUGUUUCCGGACCUAACUGGAUAUUCCUUGGGCGAUCUGAGUAGUACGGGACUUGAAGAUCUCAAUGAAAUGAAUAACAAUAUGUCCCUGUUCCUUUGGCAAAUAGAGGGCUUGGAUAUAGACUUUCCUGUUAAGUAA